GGGAAGGAAGGGUGUGAUGUGACCUGUGAUGGGAUAGGAUAAUGUUUAUGCCCGCAUGAGCGAUGCGUCACAUGAUCCGACCUUCGCACCCGUCCGGUACGGUACCUGAUCAUCUAUCGAAUAAAUGCCUUUGCAUCGUGAGAUGAGCGAGCCAGUCAGUGUUGCUUUGACAUUUCCCUGGAUGGAUGGAUGCGCCUUGGCCACCUGCCUUCCUCGUCGCUCCUCCAACUGCCGCUCACUCACUGUCUUGCCUUACCUUCCCACCGGCGGAAUUCCACCGCCUGACGAUGUGAAGAUCGCGGCCGGCAAUAAUAUGCGCAAUCUGGCCGAUGUGCAACGCAAGAUGUCAGAUUAGCUUUCUCCCAUUCUCUUGGUGGCGGCGGGAGCUAGAGGAUAUUUCGUAGCUCGAGUCUUUCUUUUCGUGGGCUUUUCGCCCGAGGUCUCUUGAGUUUCCGCACGAGAACUGCAACUGAACUAACCGGCGCGAAGGUUAGGUUGAUAGUUUUUUACCUCGUCCCGAGGGCGGCUGGCUGCCCGCCGAGGGCUUCUCCGCACGUGAGGGGGGGCGAGAGAAGUGCGGAGAAAGAUGGGGUACGUCCGCCAUAAGCUCGGCGCGAGGCGAGAA